UCUGUGAUAAAAAAUUGUUUUAUUUGGAAAAUUAAAAAUAAGGCAGACAAUAAACAAAAAGAAGAAUAAGCAUAUAGAAAUGUUCCCUUCAAAACCAAUUCACAAAAAACAUUUUUAAAGGGUUUCUUUAGAUACUAUUUAACGUGUGUUUCAGACAUUUUCUGUGAUCGCCGGUAACCUUACACUUUGUACUAAAUGUCCGAAAGUUCGUGUUAUAUUCUUGAUAAUGGAGCUUAUACAGCGAAGGUGGGCCUAUCGACAAAGUUGCCAAAGGUUGUGCCUAACUGCAUUAUGAAAGCGAAGUCAGAAAGGCGACGUCCUUUUGUGGGCUCCCAAAUCGACGAAUGUAGAGAUGCCUCUGGACUUUUUUAUAUCCUACCGUUCCAAAAAGGUUUUCUAAUCAACUGGGAUACUCAAAAGACUGUCUGGGAUUAUAUGUUCAGUAAAGAGUGCUGUCCAGUGAAUUUCAAUGAGACACCCCUGAUUGUGACUGAGCCAUUGUUCAACUUUGCUUCAAUACAGGAAGCUAUGACAGAGAUUUUUUUCGAGGAAUACGAGUGCCAAACUCUUUUGCGUAUAAAUGCCACAGAUUUAGCAGAAUAUUACCAUAGAAAGACUCACAAUAAUGAAUGUACAGUAGUUGUCGAUUCUGGUUACAGUUACACAUAUAUUGUGCCAUACAUAAAAGGUAAAAAAUAUCGGGAAGGCAUAAGGCGUAUUGAUGUUGGGGGUAAGGUGUUGACCAAUCAUUUAAAAGAGAUUUUAUCGUACAGACAAUUGAAUGUAAUGGACGAAACUUAUGUUAUAAACCAAGUCAAAGAAGAUUCUUGUUUUGUUUCCCAAAAUUUUAUGCAGGAUAUCGAAAUUGCUAAAAAGAAAGGUUCAGCCAAUACAAUCGUCAAAGACUAUAUCCUUCCUGAUUACACCACAAUCAGAAGAGGGUACCUUCGUGAUGUUGUCAAAUCUGAUGAAGACUUAGAACAGCAAACACUAAGACUAAACAAUGAGCGAUUCUCCAUUCCUGAACUCCUGUUCCAUCCUUCAGAUGUUGGUAUACCACAAAUGGGUAUACCUGAAGCUGUAAUGCAUUCUAUUAAUGCAUGCCCGGAGGAAAAUAUGGAGAGUCUGUUAGAAAAUAUUGUAUUGUACGGAGGCAACACUUUGUUCCCUGGAUUUAGGGAUAGAGUAUAUAAUGAUGUCCGCUCCUUUGCUCUGGAUCACUUUGAUGUUAAUGUCUAUUUGCCAGAUGAUCCUUUGACCUAUGCUUGGGAAGGAGGAAAACAUAUUUUCAGGGACCCAGACUUUUAUUCAUUCUGUAUGACUAAAGAAGAGUAUGAAGAGGAAGGAAAAGCAUUGGCUUUUGAAAGAUUUGAUAUAUAGCAGCGUAAACGAGCGAAGAAGUCUUUGUAGUAGACUUUCGCUCGUUAAAUGUGGUGACUGAGUUGGACCUUGGCAAGUGUCUUAAGUACCUAUGCUAGCAAAUACGCUAUCAAUAUGUUGAC